GGGGCAGCUCCUCACGCUCUCCCGCAGCCCGCCCCGGGCCGCGCAUCCCCGGGGCCGGGGGGGUCCGACGGCAAAGGCUUCCUCCUGCCCGGGGCAGGGCUCGGCAGCAUUGCCCCUCCAGGAAAGGUCUGUCCGCCCGGCGUGUCCUUCCUAAGGGAUUAAGACAAGGGAAAGACAGACAUGGAGGGGCGCAGCGGGAUAAAGCAACGCCCCUUCGCCUCCUCUAACAUCUUCAUUCGGGCGCAGCUUCUUCUGGGCAGCCUCUCCCCGGUUUUCUACCUUCCCGGGGAAUAACGUCCCGACCGGCCAAGCAGCCGGGGCGAGAGCCGCAGCCGGGCUCCCGGAGCGGCUGUCCUGGAGUUUAAGGCAAACGGGAUUACUUUUUCCCGUCCCGAGGUCCGGGACGCCCGCGGUGCUCCGCGAUGCCUGGGCGCUGCGAGCCGGCUGAGCUCAGUCAAUUGAUGCGGAAAAGUUUUUGAAGAUGUCAGGAAAUAUACCAUUAAAUAUUAAUAUCAAGGAGCCUCGAUGGGAUCAAAGCACUUUUGCUGGACGAGCCAAUCACUUCUUUACUGUAACAGACCCCCGGAAUAUUUUGUUAUCUAAUGCCCAGCUGGAAAAUGCAAGAAAAAUUGUGCAUGAUUACAGACAAGGUAUCGUGUCACCUGGCUUGACAGAAGAUGACUUGUGGAGAGCAAAAUAUAUCUAUGAUUCAGCCUUUCACCCAGACACUGGUGAAAAGAUGAUCUUGAUUGGCCGAAUGUCAGCUCAGGUACCCAUGAACAUGACUAUCACAGGUUGUAUGAUGACCUUCUAUAGAACGACACCAGCGGUGCUUUUCUGGCAGUGGAUUAACCAGUCCUUCAAUGCUGUAGUAAAUUACACAAACAGGAGCGGUGAUGCCCCAAUUACUGUCAGCCAGCUGGGAACAGCCUAUGUUUCUGCUACCACAGGUGCUGUCGCAACAGCUUUAGGACUUAAUGCACUAACAAAGCAUGUCUCACCUCUUAUAGGACGGUUUGUUCCUUUUGCUGCUGUUGCUGCUGCUAACUGCAUUAAUAUUCCACUAAUGAGGCAAAGAGAAAUCAAGUUUGGAAUCCCUGUCAUGGAUGAGAAUGGAAACAGACUGGGUGACUCAUCAAAAGCAGCUCAACAGGCAAUCGCCCAGGUGGUUAUAUCAAGGAUUCUUAUGGCUGCUCCUGGCAUGGCAAUUCCUCCCUUCAUAAUGAAUACAUUGGAAAAGAAAGCCUUUUUAAAGAGAUAUCCUUGGAUGAGUGCUCCCAUUCAAGUUGGAUUAGUUGGAUUCUGUCUUGUGUUUGCCACACCUCUGUGUUGUGCACUGUUUCCUCAAAAAAGUUCUAUGUCUGUAACACGCUUGGAGCCAGAAUUGCAAGCCAAGAUCCAAAAGAACAGCCCUGAAGUAGAACGUGUAUACUUUAAUAAAGGAUUAUAAUUCAAGGAAGGGAAAGUAUCUUUCAA